ACUCAGUUUGGCGUGCUCGUUCCCUCUUUUCCACACAACUCGUCAUUAUCCAUCCACACAAUCCUGAUUUUUAUUUUCUAACUUAAAAUUUACUGAAAUUUAAUAUAAAACAUGGAGGUCGACGACAAUCCACCCAUUGAUGACCCAUCUCCAUCAACAACUCAAGCUGCUCUUAUUGAACCGCAAGAUUUGGCAAAUGUUUUCGACAUUCCGUUACAAACAAUUACAACACAAUUUGAAACUUUGAAAGUGGAAAAACAGCGGCUUCAAGAGGAAAGUAAAACCAUAUUAGAAAAUUUCGGGGGUCUGGAUGAAUUUCAUGAUAGAAGUCUGGAUAUCCAAUCUAGAAGGGAAUAUAGGAAGAAAAAGAAAGAAAUUGAAGUAAAAAAUGAUGCAUUCUACGUUAUUCAAUUUAUCCAUGCAGAGAGAAACGACAGUGUGAAAGGUCAAGCAGAGAAAUUUCGUGAAACACUGAAGACUCUAAAAGAUAAGCUCGACAAAGAAUUUAAGCAAAUGUUCGAAAAGCUAGAUGAAGAAAUCACGAAAGAUUUAAAUGAUCGUCAUCCUAAUUAAUAUCAUUAAAUCACCAGAUGAAUUGGUUUAUUUUUUCGGUAUGAACAUUGGCCUUAUAUUUAUUCUUAUUUAUAAAUUUUCAAAAUUACCGUAAUUUGAAAUAAAAUUGUUUUGUCACUCCCUAUUACAUUA